AUAAAGUGUUACUAAAUUGUAAGACUUCCUAUAGUGGGAGGUGCCACAUGUAUGAAUUUAAAAGUUGAUGGACACAAAGACAGCCGAACAUUGUGAUCCAGAGAAGAGGAGAUUCACUUUAAGAAGAAGAUGGUUCCAGUGUUGAUGUUUCUGAUGGCAGUGCUGGUAGCAGCAGAUGAUCUCUCAGCUCCAGCAGGGUCUGCCUCUCCCUCAGUGGUGUACUGUGAUUCUUUUACUUAUUGUCCUGAUGGGACAACAUGCUGUCGAACUCCAUUUGGGCAGUGGGUCUGCUGUCCAUAUGCUAUGGGUCAGUGCUGCAGUGAUGGUUUUCAUUGCUGCCCUUAUGGUUUUCACUGCGAUCCAACAUCAACCCAUUGUUUGAGGGGAUGGUUUAAACGACCAUCUUCCGUCCAGCCAGCAUUCAAAGCAACCCAGAAAACCCAGUUUGUGCUGCUGGAUCAAGCUGAUGGAAGGCAGAAUGAGGUUGAUUCUGUACAGUGUGAUGUGAAUGUCUCCUGUCCAGUAGAGAUGGUCUGCUGCAAAACACCAACUGGCCAAUGGGGCUGCUGCAGUGGUCAAGCAAACAAUUUGAUUUAGUUUAUGUUUGUGUUUCUCAAAUGUUUCCAACAUCAGGGCUCCUGUGUGUAGGAUGCAUGUGUAUAGGAGAAUAGUUUUUCUCAAUUAAAACACAUUAACAUUUA